AUGAAAAGGACCCUACAUCCGUUACGAAAAUACCCCGGUCCUAUCCUUGGGCACGCCACACACCUUACGUGGCAAAUACAGAGCUACCGAGGGCGCUUUCUUAUGUGGUUACAUGAGUUGCACCAACAAUAUGGUCCUGUUGUUCGAUACGGUCCCAAUUACCUUUCAAGCAUUGAUCUUAAAACAUGGAAGGAAGUCUAUGGACACGGUGUGCCUCAAUGGCAAAAGGAUCCUAACUUGCUGGGCUCAGAUCCUUUUGGAGAGCCAGUCGGCAUAAUGAGAGCUGAUGACAUUUCGCACGCCAGACAACGAAAACUUGUUGCACAUGCUUUUAGUGACAAGACUUUAAGAGAGCAGGAAGGCAUUGUUAAAGGCUACGUCGCACUUCUCGUGGAUAAAAUCCGGCAAGAUGCAGUAAAGAAUAACGGAAAAGUGGAUCUAGUCGCCUGGUUCAAUUUCGCCACGUUCGACAUAAUGGCUGACUUAACUUUUGGCGAAUCGCUACACCAACUAGCUGGAUCCAUGUACUCUCCGUGGGUCAAAUCGAUCUUUAGUUAUAUUAAAGCCUUUCAGCUUAUUGGCCUAACGACACAGUGGCCGCUGCUGACGAAAUUGCUCUUAUUAUUCAUCCCUGCUAAACUCAUGAAAGAGCGGGCUGAUGUGUUCCGCUUCGCUACCGAAAAGGUCGAGGGCCGUCUCAAGAAGAGGAAAGUCAAACGUACCGAGACGACCGCCACCUUACUAAGUGGACUCUUCUAUUACCUGCUGUGCGAUAAGAAACGGUAUGAAAGGCUUGUCAAAGAUAUCCGAGGAGCGUUCCCUACGUACGAAGACGUGGAAAUGUCCCGUUUGGCAGAGCAGAAGUUCCUUCAGGCUUGCAUAGAUGAAGCACUAAGACUCUAUCCACCAGUUGCAACGGGUUCUCCGAGACAGACACCGAAGGGUGGUGCGCGAUUCGGGAAAGACUUUGUGCCCGAUGGGACGAAAGUUCAAGUAUCUACAUACGCGGCCUAUCAUUCAGCACUUAAUUUCAAAAACCCCGACAGCUUUAUCCCUGGGCGAUGGCUCCCCGAAUGCCAAGCAGAAUAUAUUUCAGACAAGAGGGAUGUCGUACAACCCUUUUCGUACGGGCCUAGGAAUUGUUUAGGCAAAAAUCUUGCUUACCACGAGAUGCGAUUUAUUGCGGCAAGCAUACCUUGGCACUAUGAUGUUGAACUCUGCCCAGAAUCAGAAAAUUGGCUCGAUCACCCAGUGUACUUUUUAUGGGAUAAGCCGCCACUUGUUGUUAGGCUGAGACCUGUCGAGCGUUGA